AUGGGGACGCCUCUUCUGUCUCCGAGUAGCUCGCUUCUCUCUAAACGUCAACGAGAGACCGCGGCCGAAAGUUCUCGAGCGGAGGCGGUCAAGAAAGCCCGUCGCGAUGAGACAGUCGAGACCACCCGAGCGGCGGAAGGUCAGGAUAAUGUUCCCCAGGUAAAUAUCCCCGGAACGGCGACAUCGGGGUUUGGAGCUGUGCUGCCCGCCUCUCCUACCACAUCGGGGGCAGUUCCGGCGAUUUCGAAGGAUGCUCCUCCUCAAUCUGGCAUGAGGCCACAGACAGGAGUUCCAGCGGUUUUUGUGUCUGCAUCAGGAGUUGAGAAAGCGAUCUCCAUUCCUUCUGACGAAGAGGAGGAGGUUGGAGAUGAAGAGGGGCCCAUAGGCUCAGCUGAUCCUGCCCAUGAGGUUGCUGGCAAAGAGGAUCCUACCUCUUGGGCGAGUCGCUCGUCUGGUGAGACGGGCGAAUCUGAGGAGGAUGAUGACGUCUCGGUUCAUGAGGCGUUGUCCAGUGAGGAAGAGGUGUUGGCUCGUGAGGAUGCGUCCGGCCAAAUAGAGAGAUCUCCUGCCCCUGCGGAAGCGUCGGCUGGGGAUCGUCCAUCAGCGCAAGAGUCUCCGUUUCAAAGGGAGGCUUCUACUCCGCAAGUGACCACUCCCUUGUCGGCGGCGGCUGUUGGUGCCGUGACCGCUGCUCCGAGGGCGUCAUCGGUCACACCAGCUUUGGCGGCGCCAAUCCCUACUUCCACGGUUAUGACCACAGGUACUUCGACCGUGAUUUCAUCAAUGGUGGAGGAUGCUGCUCUCUCUCCUUUGGAGCGCGAGCGAAGAAGGAGUGCGGCACGGUCUGUGGCUGAUUUCCAAGACACUCUAGCCGGCUGCAUCAAGCUCGCAUUGGAGGAGAGUUGUCCAUUCAAGAGUUUCGAAGAGGAUCUUGACUACAUCGUGUGCUUCUUAAUCAAGAGGUUUGGCCACACUGUGGCGAAGCCCUACUUCCAGCGUAAGGAGGAAGUGAAGGAGGCUAUUCAACGGUUGCUUGCCCUUCGCGCGAAGAGUUCCACUCUUGUGGACCUUGCAUCCGACGAAGUUCGAGCAGUGGUGGAAGAACGCGAUCGCCGUCUGAACGAGACCAUGACGCUGGAGGCAAGAUUGUCAGCAGAGUUAGAGCAGGCCAAGGCUGAGGAUGAACGAAUGGCCCUCGAGGAGCAGAAGGCCGAUAACCACGUUUCUCGCUUGUCUUCGGAGGUAGAGAAUCUGAAGCAAGUUAUAGCUAAAGCGCAAGCCUCAUUGGCCAUUCAGGAGAGGGCUCGUAAACAAGCGGUCAAGGAAUUGGAAAGCAUUGGAUCCCGCCGGGCACUGACGGCGAAUUCCGUUGGGGAAAAGGAUCGAGCUUAUAGGGAGGUUAAGGAGACCGUCCAAGACUUGGCCUCUCGCACUGAGGAAGAUCUUCGCCAGGAGAUCUUAAGGAGGCUAGAGCUUCGUCAUGCUAGGGAGAUUCGUGAGGCGGAACUGCGGUUGAAAGCCUUGUAA